AGAGAAACCGAUUAUUUCGAUGAAUCGAUGAACGAAUCGAGUCGAGACUCGAGGGCAAGGUCGAUCGCAUCAAAGCAAAUGGCGGCGCGUAGAGGCACGUAGCGAGCGGCUGAUUAUUGUGUUGCGGGGUAGCCUACAAUACCCUUCCUGCGAGGAACAUGGAAGUCGUGAACGAUGACGAGAUGGUGAAUAAUUUGGCACACGUGGAGCGACUCGCGGGCAAUGAGUGUCGCACCUGCCUGCAAUCCUGUACAGAAGCGUGCCAGCUCUUCCAGAAUAACGACGGAAUACCGGAGAAGCUGAUGGACAUCGCCGCUGUACAGGUUGAGGAAGGAGAUGGUCUACCGGCCUGUAUUUGUUUAUCUUGCUACCGCCUGCUGAACUUGUCCUACAACUUCAAACGCCAAAUUCAAGACGCUGACGUGAGAUUACGUGGAAUCUUGAAGCUGCAAGCUCAUCCUGUGCCACACGAUAAGCCGCACACGAAUGGCGCAACAGUCAAAUAUAUCGUCACCGAUAUUAUAUCCAACGUUACCUCUUGUACAAAGGACGAUCUGGUAAAGCAGGAAAUCUACGUUGCCCACGAUAUCGUGACGUUCCACGAUACCACCGUUCCGUCCAAUGCGAGGGUGAACGACGAGGAAUCUCGCAUUAGUCAGGAAUUCCUGCGGAAGACGGACGAGAUCGAACUGGAGCAAAAUGAGGAAGACUCGCCGUACGACGCGCUCAAAGAAAAUGUACGUAACACCGAACUGGAAGUAACUUUCGGACAGACGCACGCGAAGGAGAUGCUCGCAGGUGCACUUGACGAUCACUCGAGUCACUUGUCCGCUCCGUCGACGAACGAUAAAUGUGUAAAACAGGAAGACAUGAUGUUAACCCAAGGGAACGAUGCGUCGGGGAAUUUGGCGGAAGACAGCAGGAUGGAAGAUCUGCUGAAGAUCGGUGAUAAGAGCGACGUGUCUUUGGAGGAUCUCACCGACCAUGAUGUCUCGAAAGCGCUGGGGACGGACGGUCAGGAUAUAAAAGGUGGGGCAAACUGCAGCGACGACGAGGAGAAGCCGCUGAUAUGCAGGACAGCCAGGCAGAGGUGCUUGCACUGCAUCAAGUCGUUCGCGACCAAGCUGGCGUUGCAGAGACACAUGAUCGUGCACAAGCACAAGACGAAGCUGCGCUACGUCUGUCACAUAUGCGACAAGCAGUUCUCCAACAUCGCCAAACUGAAGAGCCACGUGCGUAGCAGUCACGAGGCGCGCAAGGCGGACGUUGAAGUGCCGCAAGAGAACAACGCUCAGGAGAAGAGGGCUAACAGCAAGACGUCGGUGAAGCUCACUAGGAACUGCAGCAACGCACUGGUGGACAGCACGAGGGAGGAGAAGAGGAACUUCAAGUUCACGUGCAAGGUCUGCUCGAAGCAGUUCAUCUAUCAGAAGUCCUUCAUCUCCCACGCCAAGAGCCAUCCCGAGUACAACGAGGAGACGACGACGUCGGACGACGUCCUCGAGCAGUCCGCGAACAAGGCGAACGAACAGCGAGAUAAGGCGCCCGUCUUCCGGGAAAACGAAUCCGAGGAGGAGGAGGAAGAGGACGACGAGGACGACAACGACAACGAGCUCCCGAUCGAGAGUCUGCAAUGCACGCAGUGCGGCAAACUGUUCGCCACCAAGAGGAACCUGAAGAGACACAUCUCCACGCACAGCGGUUUGAAGUUCAAUUGUUCGACCUGCGGUAAGGGUUUCUCCAGGGUCGAUAAGCUCAAGGACCAUGAACAGUCGAAGCAUAAAGAAGAAAUAUUCGGCAACACGGACGACGAGGAUGACGACGAGGAGGACAAUGAAAACAAAGUCAACGAGAACUCCGAGAGUCGGAAGAAGGACCGACACAACAGACCGCACACGUGUACGCUCUGCCCGAAGGCGUUCGCGCAGGCUCAAUCGCUGGCGAACCACAUGGAGAGGCACAAGCGGGUGAAGGACACUCAGAAGCGCUUCCUCUGCGAAGUCUGCAGCAAGUGCUUCGCCCAGAGUGGCUCGUUGGUCGCACACAUGCGCACCCACACUGGCGUCAAGCCGUACGUCUGCAACGUGUGCAGCCGCGCCUUCACCAAGAGCACGUACCUGCAGCUGCACCUGAGGACCCACAGCGGUGAGAAACCGUACAUCUGUCAGUAUUGCAGCAGGGCGUUCGCCCGGGCCAACACCUUAGCGCGACACAUCACCAUGCACACGGGCGAGGCCAAGUACCACUGCCAGAUCUGCACCAAGUCCUUCCGCAGACUGACAUCGCUGAACGAGCACACGUACACGCACACCGGUCAACGGCCGUACGCGUGCAAGCUCUGCACCAAACGCUACAACAACGCUGGCUCGUUGUACGCGCACACGAAGAAGUGCAAGACGCAGCAGCUGACCGGCACCACCACUACGUACGCGGUCUCCGCGGACAGCGCUCCGCCGCAGAACGACGGCCCGAUGUCGCAGCUGCUCAUCUACUCGCAGAGGAAGCUGGUGGAGGAGGCGACGGUCGGCGGGCAGGUCGUGCCAACGCCGCAGUACAUGGUGGCGAACGUGCACAAUCAGAAGACGGUGUCCGCCAACGUGAUGCAACCGUUCACCGUCGAGGACACGAGUGUGUACAACGCGAAACAGUUCAAGAACCCUUACUACGCGAUCUACCCGAAUAUGUAACGACGUGUCGUCGCCGAAUACGCGACCAUGCCCGAUGGUUGCCUGGUCUUUCGGCUGCCUGGGGUCAUCAAUGACUCGUGCUCGACCCUCGACUCGUUCCGCGAGGUCCCGCAGAGGAUCGAACUGAAUCGGUGAACUCUCGGUAACGGUACCGGAGAGUGAACACGCGGCUCCUAAAGCAAUGAUCUCGAGGAAGAAAGCGGCGUGCUCCCUCUGUCUCGCACAUAUUACCCGAGCUGAAAAUGUCAGCCCGAAGGUGGACACGGUAAAGUUGCAUAUCCGUACCCGGUACUGCGGGUAUCGUAGGAACUCGGGGAGACUUGUACAUACUCUCGGGAAACAUUAGGGCAAUGGACUGUAGCAUGUUUCAGAGAAACGGACAGCGCCGUUUCAAGUACCAACUAAAAAUACGCUUUGGAAAUGUUUUUUUGUUCAAUAGACACAACCGGCCCGAUUGUUCAACCCUAGAAUACUAAUCCUUUGCUUGGAGCCUUCUAACUCCAAUAUUCAUUUUGAUCUGACACUACCUGGAUACCCGAUCUUUCAGAUAACGGAUAAAUGUGACGCUCCAAAUUCGGAUGAUCCAAAUAAUACAAGUUCAGAUCAGAGCCGAGAUUCGAGGCCGGGGUCGAAAUCGAAGCUAAUGGCGUUUUCGAUUUGCUGACCCAAUUCGAGCAGCGUUCUCAUAAAUGCUGCAAUAUCGCAAACUGUAAUAUACGAACUGUAAUAUAUGAAUUAUAGAUUCGUAAUAACUGCAGAGAUUAUAGGAACGUUGCCCGAGUCGGGUUGAGUCAGUAAAUAAAAUUGCCAAAAUUUGCGAUGGAGUCGACCAAAUGGAGACGAUCGCAGUAACUUAAAUAAAAUUGACGUUGACAAAAUCUUGAAACAGGAGGUUAAGGAAAGCUCCAUGGCAAGUUAAUUUUACGACUAUUUAUUUUUGAUUGUUGGAGUAUAAAAUAUUUAUAUUACAAUAUUACAUUCGACCAUUGUUACAAAUGUGCCGAAUCGAUCACAAAUAUCUGAAUAUAUUUCUUUAUUUGAACAUAUGAUGCAAGGAUUCAUGACAUGCGUUUUUUCGCUUCUGACGUCAUCACACAAGAUUGCAGUGAAUAGUCAGGAGCCUUAAUGCAUUCUCUAAGAAUAGUGAUAUCGAGAAUUUCCAAUCAGGCAUAUCAUUCGUGAAUAUUUAUGCAUCAAGACUGCUGCUUUGGAGCAUCGUUGCUGACUCAUCAAUAUCAGCAGUCAUGACUAUUAGGAUAUAAUGCGUCUUUUGUUGUUAAUUUUGUCUCAUUGGAAAUGUUUGAUGUCACUUUACUUAGAAAAUAGAACUGCAUUAAUGGAGUCUUCUCAGUCAAUGGUUUUCACGCCACUUUUAGAGACACUUUUAUCGAUAAAAGUGAGUUCAGAAUAUAGAUCAAAGAUUUUUUAAUACAUGACAUAUAUAUUUUUUCGCAAUAUAAAACAAAUUGUGAAAAUUGGAGUAAAAAUCAGGAGAGAGAGGAAGGUUCGUAAAAAAUAUCUACACCUCGGAGACGCACGUUGGUAUUCUAGGGUUAACAGUGGUUUCUCCUUCCAGUAUAUUGUAUGCUUCGAUGGAUCGAACUGACAAUUUUAGGUAAUUCGAGAAUGAAGGAGAAGGAAGGCAAUAAAAAAAAAACACAAAAAAAAUAAUUCAUCGUUAGAAACGUGGAGCUCAUGGAAAAUUGGCUCGAUAAAAUCCCCGAUAUUCGGCGGAUUUAAGUUUAUUCCAGCAGAAAUGAAAGCAAAUCAUGUAAAUGAUUGUUUCCUGACGACAAUUGUCGUAUAUUGCGAAACAGACAAAGUUUCGCAAACACAAUUCUUCAAUCGGUAGGUGGAUUAAGUAAAUAACGAUGAAAUUAGUAUAAAUGCUCCCAUUUAUAUACGCGAAAAGAAGGCAUAAACAAUUUAGCCUGGCUCUGUUGUGAUAUUUAUCUGACGUCUUAACACGUGCGGUAUCUAGCGCAGUGUACAGUUCGUAAUAGUAUUGCGUUAAAACCAAAAAAGUGAAUUGAUCGUAUUACCUCACUAACACAGAGAACCGGGACUCGAAAUAUUUAAUUUGCUCUAUAAUAUGCACGAUGUUUUCUUCUUCGAAAGUAGAAACAUUGUGAAAAAGAUGUGAAAGUAAUAAUGUAAGGCGGCAAAAUUCCAUCUUCGGAAUAUAAGAUAACAUUCUUCCUCGAUACGCAGGAUCAGAUUUAUUUGGUUGAAGAAUUCAUUCAGAGAUAUUUUAUUGCGGAAGAAGACCGCUGAGUGAGUGCAGUAAUAUUUCACGGAUAACUCAGGUUACAAAAAAAAAAACGUUAGAUUCUUGACAUAACAAUGUACAAAAUAUAAUGAAAAAUGUGACACAUACACACAUAUACAUACAAAAUUAGGAGAUAUGAUAAAGAUACCAAUAAGUCUUCAUACAAGGAAUCUGUAUAAAUAAAUGAAUUAUAUGUAUAUUAUUGGAUAGGAUAAUUUUUCUCUUAAUUAUGGAUAAUUAUGGAUUCCUCGUCGAAUUAUACAUAUAUAUCUAUAUAUGCGUACAAAGUGUGCCCUUUCAAAAAAGUUGUAUAAAAUAAUAACAGAUCUUUUCUGUUAGUGAUAAUUAAUGAUGAGAGAUUGUAAUUGAUCGUAACAUUUUAUUAUCGAAAUGUUUCAACACUAAUAUGCCCUUAGAAUGCAAUAUUUGUCAACAUUAUAUUGUUUAUAAUUAAUGUUGGUUGACAUUUACUAAAAGUGAUUUUAUUUUGUUAAAUCAUGUAUCUCGAUAAAAUUAAGGUUAGAUACAUGCUCUUUUCUUGCAGGCAAAAACGCGAGAUUGGGUAAGAGAAAAAGAUUUUCAUAAUCAUAUAGAUAUAAAAAUUUCUCGGCAUGAAGACUGGAGUACAAUAAAUUAUUAUUUUUAAUAUAAGAGUAGACGGUCAUGAAAAGUCUCGAGAGUGUAAAAAUAAUACUUCACUUAAAUCGUAAUUGACAUGAAAAGUGACAACUUUUCUUGUUGCAACAAAAUAAAACUGGCAACCGGUGAGAAAUUGAUUUUAUAUUAGGCUUUCACACACAUUGUGUAAUUAUGUAUAACAUACAUAAUAAAAUCGAUCUUUGCACGA